AUGCCUUCGUCGACCAAGAACAGUCGGGGUGUGGAUGGUGAUGCGCCAAAGGAGUUGAAGCGUGUCAACGCUAAGGAUAUCUCCCGAAACGAUAUCACCAUUCUGGACAAAGGUCGUCGGGGCGAGGCCUACGCUGUCCUUGUCACUUAUCACCCUGUGAGCCCUCACAUCGCUCGCCACCUUGACCUGUUGAUCUGUGAUGAGGGUCAGUACAUCCGCCGAGUCUCGGGGUCAUAUAUGAACCUGCUACAGCUGUUCAAGUGGGAGAGACUCCUUUUCAUCUCUUAUGUUUCCAGUGGUCAAUCUCUCUGGUACCUCAGGACUUACCUCUGCCAUCCCGACUACGACUCCUACGAGAAGAACAACGACAUUGUUUCCGGGACUGGCGAAGAACUAGGAACUACGAAGGGCAUUUUCUCCGACGAGUUCAUUCAGAGCGUCGAGUCUGAUGCCGGCUUAUCGGAGGCCUUACAGGCCCUGAGCAAGUCCAGCUGCGAGGGUUCGUUGAAGCCGUGGAUGCUCUCCGCGUCACUCCUGCAAGACUGUUCGCGGGAUCUCACCUGGGGCGUCAACCUUGGCUCCAUGGUUGUUAAACCUCUUCUCCAGUUCAUUUACAUUCGCCGAACCAUGAAAGCGGCGCUUGCUCUUCCUGGUAACCACGGCGUGUCGUAUCCAUCGGACGGUAUGCUACCAAGCGUAAUUCGUGUCGAAGAAUGCCCUUUUAGUCCAGACGACCCCGACGCAGCUCUGGUUAAAAAGUUGGCGCAAACCUACGCGGAUAGCUUGUUCUCAACCUUGGGCUCUGCAAACUUGACAGAGUAUACUCAAGCUGCUCAAAGCUCUGACAUGGCUAAAGACAACAGCCAAGAGGUCAACUUGAACUUUGGGGAGCAUCGCGCCGGUGUCAUUACGGCUUUCGACCCUCGUACCGUCCAAAUGUUGAACCCAGCGAUGUCAGCAUUUUUCGGCAACAAGUCAGAGCUGAAGAGAAAAAUUGUCUCUUUAGCAGACGAGCUUCCUAUGACACCUUCCCGCAAUAGACAUAUGAAGAAGCUCCAGUCUGGACAGGAGAUUGUUGGCCUUGGUGUCGAGCAUAUUGACAUGCUCUUGAAGAAGACCAACAUUGGUGGUUUACAUUUCAUAUACCCCUUGGAUACAGAAUUGGAUCUUCUCCACUUUCACUUUUCGUUGACAGUGUUGUCGCCGUCCGCACAGAGAGAGGACUCAAGUGCUGAUUGUGUUUCUAUUCGAACCCCGGGCUAG